AGAUAGACAUUAUUAUUUUUGAAUAUAUAUUAAUCUGUACUUUGCUUUGUUUCACAUUGCGUGCACAGAAUCGACUUGAACAGUUAUCGUUUCAUAUUUAAGCUAAAAUAAUAAUAAUAAUUAAAAAAAAAAACUACAAGGUAAGUUACGAUUUGUGAACAAAUUUAAUUAGCUAAAAAUAAAUGAAUAAAUUAAAACAAAAAUGAAAUGUUACGUUGAUGGCAUCAGCGUUACGGCUCAGCAUCCCGGAAGUUCAGCAUCACUUUCUGGGAGGAAGAGACGCUUCAUCGUCAGAGCUUUGACAACAGAAGCAACAAUGAUAUGAAUGCGGCUGAAAUUCUUCAUUUUCACUAGUGGCAAUUCCAUAAACGCUGUGCAUGGCCUGAUGAAGGAAGAAGUCUUGUAACCAUGUCAACAUCUCAGCCUUGACUGAGCUCCUCUGGAGCCAAAGAUUACACUACAGUUUUUGUAUGCAAGACCGAUGAAGUGACCCACACGCCACCAUGUCAUCCUUCCAGGUGGUGGACUCGUCGCCUGGCAGCAGCGUCAGCAUCAUGGAAACGUCCAACUUCGCCCACGUCAUCUUCCAGAACGUGGGGAAGAGUUUCCUACCGCAGGCGCCCUUGGAGUGCCGUUACACUCUGACCCCUUACAUCACCCCUCACCCUAAAGACUGGGUGGGCAUUUUCAAGGUGGGUUGGAGCACAGCCAGGGAUUACUACACCUUCCUCUGGUCUCCGAUGCCCGAAAACUACCAACCAGGAAGUACCGUGCACAGGACCGUGGUGUUUCAAGGUUACUAUGUCCCGAAAUCGGAUGGGGAGUUUUACCAGUUCUGCUACGUCACGCACACGGGGGAUAUCCGGGGAGCCAGCACGCCCUUCCAGUUCAGGCCAGCCACGCCCACCGAAGAGCUGCUGACGGUUACCGAGGACGACAGCAACUCUGACAUACUCGUCGUCACCACCAAGACCGGCCUGCUGGAGCGUGUCGAGGAGGCCCAGCAGGAGCGCAGAGACCUGCUGAAAGCCAUGCGUCUCCUGCAGGAGGAGAAGCAGCAGCUGCAGGAGGAGCAGAAGCGCCUGGUCAGGGAAAGGGAGCAGGAGAGGGAGACGUGUUGCCUGCUGAGGACACAUAACCAGGAGCUGCUGCGCUCGUCGCAGGGCCUGUCCGAGGAGAGGGAGGAGGUGCGGCGGAGGCUGACGGAGGCCACGGACCGGGUUCGCCAGUUGGAGGAGGACCUGCUGGGAGUCACCCAGAGGGGCCUCCAAAAAGAGACCGAGCUGGAUUGUCUGCGGGACCGUUUGAAGAAGCUGAUAGCAGAGCGAGACAGUUUGGAGAACCAACUAAAAAACGAGAAAGAUGAGAGGGAUCUCUAUAAGGCUCAUCUGCGCAGCACAGAGUUGGAGAACACCAAACUGAGCGCAGAGCUUCAGAUGCUGAAGGCGGUGGAGCUGAACAGGGAGGUGACCAUUGCUCAGUUCCAGGAGGAGCUGGAGAGGCUGAGGGCCUGCGUCGCCCAGCGAGACGCUCUCGAGAAAGAGCUGCUUACACACAAAGCUGACAAAGCUGAGCUGGCCCGCGUCCGGGAGCAGCUGCGUCAGGCUGAGGAGCAGCUCCAGGCUUCCCGGCAGCAGGCCUCCCUCCUGGCCUCGGAGCUCCGUGACUCAGCCAGCGCCCGUGACCACUCCAUGACGGAGCUGUACCGCGCGCGCCUCGAGGCGGACAAGCUCCGAGCCAGCCUGGCUGAUGCUCAAGCGGAAUGCCAGCGCAUGAAGAGCCAGCUAGACCGCAUGAGGAGCACCGUGCAGAGGGACGUGUCCGUUGGUACCUGUGGAGAGAUGGCACCCAGCAUCGUGGUCGUCUCCGAGGCAGAGGCCGAGCUGCAAAGAGAGGUGGAGGAGCUGAAGCUGCGCCUCCACAUGGCGGCAGAGCACUAUAAGGAGAAGUACCGAGAGUGCCAGCGCCUCCGCAGGCAGGUGGCCAAACUCAAUACACCCGAGUCACAAGGGGAGUCAAAGAGGAACGUGUCCACUGAGACGACGCAGGAGACGCUGACUCCCAGUCCGGAGUCUCCCACAGGAGGAAACAUUGCUACUGCUGUCCUAACAAUAAUGCCAGAGUUCAAAACAGAAGACCCUGCAUGUGACGACCGCACAAACACGGAGAAGACUCCCACAGAGCCAAAGGAGAAAGCAGAAAUGGGGGCUACAAAGGGCGGGGAACAAUUGGAAGACAAUGACAAAGAAAAGGAGAAAAAGAAGAAGGGGGAGGAAGAGAGCCUGAGGAUGACCAGCUGGGUAGAUGUGAGCAACGAGAGGCUGAGCGGCGAGGACAACAGCGAGGAGGAAGCUACACCGAAGCCAGAGGAAGUGAAGGAGGAGAUGAUGGAGGUGGAGGGGAGAAGCAGAGAGGAGGCGGAGAAGCAGCAGACCUCCUCGGUGGAGGCGGAGCUAGCAGUGAUGGAGGAGAAGUGGAGGGAGCAGUGCGCCAUCAACGAGACGCUCAAACAGCGGCUGGCCAAUGAGGAGGAGCGCUUCCGGGUGCACAUGGCGGAAAGAGCUCGCGAGGUGACGGAACUCAAAUGCAACCUUGCCCAGGCUCUGAGAGAAAAGGAGCAACUCCGGGAGGAGCUGCAGCGCUACGUUUCAGUGCAGAAAGAGCAGGAAGCUGCCGUCCAGUGUGCAGAAGUCCGACAGCCGAUGGUGCUGCGCUACCCGCUGCCCUACCCUCAGGACCCCUCCCCUCCACCGCUGGUGCCGCAGAGACCCGCUGAGCUCCAGUACGGCAAUCCUUACUCCACCGACACCACAAGAGACCGAACCGAUGCUUCGCUGUCUCCCGAACACCUGGCCCGGCCUCCGCCCGAGGCCCCUCCCUGCACGCCUCCCUGCGCACCCCCAAUCACACCCCCCAGCCCCGGUCCAGGAGCUCCGGGCUGGAGCAGAAGGGUCGUCUGCAUCCAGCCGUCCCGCAGCACAAGUCCUCCAGAGAACAUUGAGCCUCCACCAGCGGAGACCCAGAAGGUGAGCAAUGGAGCUCCCCCGUCAUGUGACCAUCAGUCCAGCCGGCGCAGUGAAGCAAGAAGCAGCUUCUGCUUCGACUCCAGUGACGUCCACAAGCGCUGCCCCCUCUGCGAGGUCAUCUUCCCGCCGCACUUUGAGCAGCGCAGCUUCGAGCAGCACGUGGAGAGCCACUGGAAGGUGUGCCCCGUCUGCUCCGAGCAGUUCCCCCUCGACUGUCAGCAGCGCCUCUUCGAGAGGCACGUCCUCACACACUUCGACGGACACGUGCUCAACUUCGACCAGAUCGAAUGAAGGCAGCAGAAGCGGCGAGUGCCGGCACGCCGUGUGGGUAACGCGUGUCAGCAGGUUUCAGUUUAGGAUCCGCUGUGUUGUUAUGGUACAAUCAUGGUCAUUUCUUUGCAAUCCUGCAGGUCUGAAUGUAGAAGCGUCGCGUACGUCUGGCUUUUAUUUUGAUACAUGAGCUCGUCUUUUAAAACGCAUGCUUAUACAGUGUGAGCUGCGAGUGGAAAACCACAGAGUUCCCUCCUGUUUCUUGAAGGAAUAUUAAUAAGUUUCACUAAGAAAAGAAAAAGUAAUGUAUUUUCUGUGUCCUUAGCCUAUCCUGAACAUGUGUAAAUGAUAAAGCAGCCAUACAAGUAUAUUUUCUUUGAUUUAGUCACAGAAUUUAAAGCUUAAGUGAAGUUGGAGCUGCUUUAACUCACCUGAAUGUGUACAUAAAACUAUAGAAUCAUAUGAAGAUUUUCUCCUGUACUGUUGUGCGCGAGUGUUUUGCAAAGAUGUCAGACGACGUAAAACAAAAACAGCACUACAUUUAUAUGUAUCUGCACUAAAAAAGGCUUUACUCUGAAUGUACUGUACAUAAAUGACAGAUUAAAAAAAAUGGAGAGAACUGUGAAUAGCUGUCGUAAGCCGGGUACCGUUACCUCCAUCAUGUUUAGGGGAUGUUUCACUUCCUGUUGUGCACUUUUUUUCUUUUUGAUCAAUCAGAAUUACUGAUGAGUCAGGUUGUAGGAUGAAUUGCAGGGCUCUGAGUUCCAAUUUUAACCUUUUUAGGAUGAUAACUGUGAAGAAGUUGCUGCUUUGCGUGCAAGUUUGUUAGCUCCUUAUGACUGAUAGAAAUAUAUUUUCUCUGAGCUUCACAACACCUCCUGUCUACUUUCUACGGAGCCCUGGCAAGGACAUAAAAACAAAACAAAACUGUUCCUUCAAAUUAACAAUUUGUGGCAGUAAAUUAGUAUAUAUUUUGUGUAAUCAAAUUAGUAUUUUGUUGGCACAAAUUAGUAAUAAAACGUAAAUAUUCUGAAACACUAACUGAUGUACAAAAUACUAAUUUGUGCACAAAAUGCUAAUUGGUAUCCAAAAUACUAAUUUGUGUGCACAAAAUGCUCAUUUAUUCCCAUGAAAUGCUAAUGUGUAUCCACAAAAUGCUAAUUUGUUCUCAUCAUAUGCUAAUUUGUGCAUAUGAAAUAUUAAUUUGUGCCUACGGAAUGCUAGUUUAGGACACAAAUGUCUAAUUUGUGCCCAUCAAAUGCUAGUUUGUGUACACUCAUUGCUGAUUUGUGCUCACAAAAUGCUAAAUUGUGCACAAGAAAUGCUAGUUCCUGUACACAAAUUAGCAUUUUAUCUGCAAAAUGUUCAUUUCUGCAUAUGAAAUAUUAAUUUGUGCCCACAAAAUGUUAGUUUAUUAUUUAAGUUGCUAUUUUGUGCACAAGAAAUGCUCAGUUGUGUCCAUAAAAUGCAAUUUGUGUGCAAUAAAUGCUCAUUUGUAUACAGGAAUCGCUAAUUUGUGCCAGACAUAAUGCUAAGUUUUCCUUAUGAAAUGCUUAUUUGUGAGCAAGAAAUACUAAUUUCUGCAGGAGAAAUUCACACAAAUUGGCAUUUUGUUGACAGAACUUGGCAUUAUGUGGCAAAUAUUGCUAAUUUGUUCUCACAAUAUACUAAUUUGUGCAUAUGGAUUGUUAAUUUGUGUCCACAAAAUGCUUGUUUAUUAUUUAAAUUGCUAAUUUGUGCCUAUGAAAUGCUCAUAUGUGCACAAGAAAUUGUCUUUUGUGUUCAGGAAUUGCUAUUUUGUGCCCCUAUAAUGUUAGAUUCUGCCUACUAAAUACUAAAUUGUGCAUAAGAAAUGCUAAUUCCUGUGCAAAAAUUACAUUUUGUUGGCAGAACUUAGCAUUAUCUGGCACAUAUUGCUAAGUUCUGCCAACAAAAUGCUAAUUUGUGCUCACAAUACACUAACUUCUGAAAAUGAAAUAUUAAUUUGUGACUACAAAAUGCUAGUUUAUUAUUCAAAUAGCUCAUUUUGAGCAACAAAUGCUGCUCUGUGUCCAUGAAAUGCUAAUUUGUGCUAACAGUACGCUACUUUCUACAUAUAAAAUAUACAUUUGUGCUCAUGAAGCUGCUUUAUUACUACUCAAUUUCUAAAUUGUGACCACAAAGUGCAGAUUUGUGCCAAGGUACAUAAAUUAAAAUGUGGAUACAGUUGGCUGAUUUGUGACUACAAAUUAAUAAUUUGUGGAAACAAUUUUUUAUUGAUGUUUUUGAGUCUCAUGUCCAGGCUACCGUAACUCCCCCCACCUCUGUUACAGUGUUGUAUCCAGGCUUGAACUUCUGCACACGCUCAGUCAUCUCAAGGCAAACAAAUCUGUGUCCUUUCAGCCUGUUUUGUGUAAGAAUGUGGGGAAAAUGUGUAUGGAAAACAUCUUUAUGAAUAAAUUAAGCUCGUCUACAUGCA